CAGGCAAAGGCAGAAAAACAAGGGAAAACCUCAUUUCCCACAAUGCUCCGCCUCCCGACGUCUUGUUUUCUUUGCGGUCAGCUGAUCCAACUGAGGUUUAACCACGGAAAUGUACAGCCUGCAGUGCAGCAAAGAGUACCUGACAGACAUGACAGCAGGCAUCACAACCAAUUGACUUCCAUUGAUUCUAAAUUUGCACAUUUUAUUGAGUAGAUAACGGAUAAGAAUGAUACGCUUUCAACGGCUGGGGAAGCUCGGCUAGAAGCUAGUCUGUUAGCUUAAAGAGAAACCGUAGGUAGGUAAUUAAUCGCAGCAGGUUGGAAACUUGGGCAGCGAGCUAAUGAAGUUCUAGUUGAUUCACUUGUGAUGGGCAGGAGUACUAACGAAGGAGAAGCUGAGAUGGGAGACUACGAGGCGGAGGACAUGAAAGAAACACCUGAGCUACCUGUGGAGAUUAUAGUUUACAUCUUGAGCUUUCUUCAUGCUUCAGACAGGAAGGAAGCUUCACUGGUCUGCCGCAGCUGGUACAGUGCCAGCCAGGACCUGCGCUUUCAAAAGAAUGUCACCUUCUGCUUCCCGGCUUCAGCCUCGUCCUUGGAGCUGAUCAGGGGUCUGGGCAGAAAGUCUCGCUGCAGUCUGAUUAUCAGCCAGCUCGAUGGAUUCAGUAUGUCCAGAUCACUGCUUCUCGAGGUGGGUGUGUGCUUGGGCUCUAAGCUGGAGGGCUUGGCCCUGCCUGGUAGCAGUCUUACAGAAGCCUCCCUGCUGGCCCUCCUCCCUCGCCUCACCUCCCUCCGUAGGCUGAACCUCAGGGGCCUCGACAGCCUCUUCAUGUCUGGGGCUUUUCUCUCCAGGGAGGAGCACAGACAGCAGGUCAGGUCAGCCCUGUCUGGUUUGGAGGAGCUGGACCUGUCCGACCUACGCUACCUCUCUGACCUCACCUUCAAUCGGCUCACCGGCUGUACCCCGCGCCUUCGCCGCCUCUCGCUGGCUGGCUGCCAUAUCGCUUUUGAGUUUGACCCAUAUCGAGGGUGUCCGGUGGGAGCCGUUGAGAAUUCGUCAGCAUUGCUGUCACUGAGGAACUUAAGGAGGUUGUUAACUGAGCAGAAAUCCACUCUCGUAGCUUUGGACCUCAGCAGAACCGCCAUCACCCCUGAGUCAUUACGCACUAUUGCACAGGUUCAAGGUUUGGUCUUAAAGGAACUGUGUCUGCAUGGCUGUAAGGAGCUGACCGACUACUCAGUGGAGGUUCUGGUUAAGUACCAGCCGAGCCUCCAGAGACUGGACAUCAGUGCCUGCACUGAGUUGACCAGCAGGUCUGUACAGGCCGUAGCACAGGGCCUGAAGACCCUGACACACCUCUCCUUGUCCCAAGACUGGAGGAUCACUGAAAAAGGCCUCGCUGACCUCCUGUCUGUGUCGUCCCUGAGGAGUCUGGAUCUGUCUGAGUGUCUGCACAUCAGCGGAACAGAGAUAGUGAAAGGCUUGACUGGCUCCAGUGCUGCCAGAGCACAGCUGGAGACACUCAGCCUCAGGAGCUGCACCUACAUUAAGGAUCUUGCAGUUUUCUCUCUCACCCAGCUUCUUGGGGAUACUCUGCGUGAGCUAGACUUGACAGCAUGUGUCAACGUGACUGACCUGUCUGUGCGCUCUAUCGCCACCUACCUGCAGAGGCUAGUAGUUCUGCGGCUUGGGUGGUGUAAUGAAGUCACAGAUUUGGGGCUGCUGGGGAUGGUGGAAACAAACAAAUGUGACCCUGACCAGGAGACGGGAGACAACGGUCCAAGAUUCACCCGGACGUUUGGUAACAUGGGCUUCUUCAAGCCUCCUCGUUUGCCAUUUGAUGAACGACCCAAGCUACUGACGCACGAUGACUUGGAGCAGUUCAGACAGAAGGCUGGGGCUUCACUUUUGACUCUCAGCAGGCUGCAGGAGCUGGACCUCUCUGCCUGCCCUAAACUUACUGACAGUAGCAUCACACAGGUGGUGCGCUACCCAGACCUCCACCGCCUGUCUCUCUCCAUGCUGCCAGAGAUCACAGAUGCCAGCCUGGUGUCGGUGGCCUGGCACUGCCGCAGUCUCACCAGCCUCUCCCUCAGCCACUGUCCGGGAAUCAGUGACUGUGGAGUGGCUCAGGCUGCACCGUAUCUCCACAGACUGCAGCAUCUUUACCUCUCCUGUUGUAAUAACAUCACUGACAGAUCCUUGUUCCUCCUGGCGCAGCACUGUAACCGUCUGCGAACGCUCGACAUCUCAAGGUGCAAAAACAUCUCCGCAGCAACAGUGGACCUCCUUCAGUCAAUGCUGCCCUUUUUGGAAAAUCUCCAUUGCAAAUUCACAGGUGGGGCUGAUCUUACCUUGCAUUCAGAGUGACUGCGGCCAGGCCUUGUUAGUAACAAAACCUGCUGACCUGUGAACUGACCUGUGACCACAAUAACUGAAGGAGAUGUCAGAACGUUUACAGUAGGAACUACUGUAAGUCUGUUUUAUAUGUGGCAGGUAUCACCUGUAUGAAACAAUCAAACAGGGCAGACACAACAGUAUCAAAACCACCAUAUUCAAAAAUCAUGAACUGUUGACUACAAGGGGAAAACAUCUGAUGUAAUGUCCACACACGGCGUUUCAGGGUUUUUAUAUAUAUUUAUAUAUAUAUGUGUGUGUGUGUGUGCUUAAUAGCUUUUAAUUAGUGGGUAGUUUUUAACUACUCACUAAUGUCACUGAAAUUGAAAUAUAUGCUGACAUUCCAAUUUUCUAUUGUUUUGAGCUCUAAAAGGAAGCCAGACUUCGUAUAAAUGCUCUUAUUUGUCCACUUCUGAGUCUUUCUUAAUAUGAUUUUUUUUUUUAACAGGUGAAAUAUUUUAAUAAUGACAACCGUGUGCUGCUAAGGUAGAGGCAAAGAUGGGAUAUGAAGUGAAAUAGUGGUCCUCAAAUAGUUCAACUUUCAGACCAAGAUAAAGACUGAUUACUCUGAAGGGGAAUGAUUGCAAGUAGUAUAUUUUGCUUGGUUUUUCAGAAGAUGUGGACUGUUUUUUUUUUUUUUUUUGGAACUCAGGUUUUACUUUGGAGGAUGUCAGCAGCAUGCCUGCUUCUCUUUCUAUAGUGCUUAAAUACUGAAGGUUCUAUGAAAAAUGACAGCAUUAUGAGGAAACGUGAUAAUGUAGUCCAACCGAGUCUUAGACUUAAGGAAUUUAUUGAAAGGGAACAUCAUCCCACAAAUUGCAGACAAAUCAUCUCACAGUGGUAUGUUUUUUCAAUGAAAAUCUCUGGAUAUUUGGUGGAUACUCCAAACUUACCAUAACAGUACAAACUGUAGUGUCAGAUUAAUUUGAAUUCAUCUAUUUGUUAUCUUGGUUUAGCACUGUAGCCUAAUUAGAGAAAUAUCACUUUAAACUAUAUGUCCUUUGUUUAUUAAUUUUGUACUGUUCUAAUGCUGUCUGAGUUGCUUUGACAGAGGAAGACUUACAGAUUGUAACGAUGAAAGAUCAAUGAUAAAAGAUGUUCAUUUUUAUAAAUAAACCAAAGUUUGGCUUCUAUGCUAUGAGCAAAACAC